AUGCAAGGUCAGCAACACUUGGAUAUAAGGCGCAACAUUUACCUUCUGCCAAAGGAGUACACACCAGGAAGAGAGGCAAAGGCCGAGUACAUUGUAGACGUCAAAAAAUCUCUAUCACUAGAGAGAAACGAAACCUUGGGCUCUUCAAUCUGCCAGUUCCAAAAUCGUGAUGUCUACACCAAUUUCAUUGAUUUGGAACCGGAUGCUAUUGAUGGAGUGUACAGGUGUCAUUGUGAUUUUCAAGGUCCUUUGCCGUAUUAUGGGUCUCCUGUUGGUGGUGUAAUUUCUCCAAAUUAUUGCUCCUCGUUCCCAUCCACCCCCUACUUUUCAUCACCUAAAAGCUCUUACAACUUUUUCUCAACCAUUGUCCCAACAAAAUCAUACGUGAAAUACACAGCCAAUAUCACCAUGUACUUCUACGACAAACUGAAGCUACUGAAGCACGCACAGUACAAGUGCACAAUUCGUGAUACCGACACUUGUUCCUUCACCAUACCACAACAAUACUGGUACUUUGAUCCACAACUUAUUAUUGCAUACAUCCACCCAAAGGCUGGUUCCUAUGCACUCACUACUACUAUCACUGUUGAUUCUGAUGUCGCCCUUCUUGAGAAUGUUGCACGCUCAAUCCUCUGCCUACUCAUCCCUGCCUUCUUGAUAAAGACACUCUUUAUUUAG